AUGUGUUGCGAAGUGUGCCCUUCGGUUCCAACGUGUACCCUUCUGACGGACUCCUCGGUCAACCUUUGCCGGUUACGGACGCCUGAUCCGGCGUCCAAACGCACAGCCUCGCGCGUUUUCUCCAGGUGUAAGACCUUUACCAACAAGAACGAUGCCCGGUGGACGCAAAUCAGCGUGGAUGGCAAGACGGCCUUCUGGGGGAAGGGCCACUGGAGAGUGGAGUUGGAUGAGAUCGCCCAGAAGCCCGAACGCUUGGUUUGGAGGUCUGCACAGAAUCUCCAAUGGAUUUGGAGCACGGAAGCCAAGGUGGCAGAGUUCAGGAUCCUGAUAGGAGUGAGUUGUAUACGGCUUCCCGGGCACCAUCUGGCGGCCUUGGGCUCCACCCGCUUCGCAGACGAUUGGGCUCCACCCGCACGACCCGGUCACCGCGCGUCGUCAACCGGUGCGUCGUCGGUGCCGCGGCUGCCCGUGCUGAUGCCGCCGCCCGUGGGGCAAGAGGAGUCGCGAAAGGCUGAGGCGGAGCUCUCCAAGAGACUCCUCAGCAAGAGAACGAGUACUCAGAUGAGUUUGUGGUCCAUGUCAGAGGUGCAAAGCCUUGAGGAUGCGCAUGGCGGUGGCAACCGCGUUUGCCAAGAAACCCACUUGGCCCACGUCAGACCAGAGGAACGACCCAAGGAGGGCGACCACUUAGAUGUCUUCAAGGACUUUGUCCGGAAGGCAUACUUGGAGAACCGCUGGUGCGGCAGCGCGCCGCGCCCGAGAUCCGAGCCCGACCCGCCCCGCGCGGCCCAGCGGCCCAGCGCCCCAACCUCCGCGCCGCGGGCGGCGCCAGCGGUGAGUGUGGAUUUGCUGAGCGAUUUCGAAGCGACUUCGGUGGCGCCGAGUUCUGGAGGUUUUGAUCCCAGCGGCAGCGGUGCAGUGAUCAACAGCGCCUUUAAGGAGAGCGACUUUGGCUUCGACCCUUUCGCACAAAUGCCAGCAGCUCCGCUCACUCCGCUCGCUCCGCUGGGCGCUUCAUCUGCCGGAUGCAACGUGGCUGGUGGUUGUCCAGCUGGAUGCUCUCCCAACCAUCCGCCCAAUGGCAACGCCAUGUGCCCGUCCAGCGGCAGCGGAUCGGUCCCCAUGGGCGUUUUUGGGACCAUGGGCACUUCGAGUGGUGCCACGGGCGGGCCAAUGGGAGCUGGCAUGGGUGCACCCAACCCCAUGGGCACGGCUAGUGGCAUGGGCGCGAUGGGGGCAAGUCAGGGCGCCAUGGGUCCCUGUGGUGGGAUGUCCAUGAACAAUGGAAGCUUUGGCUGCGGCCUGUCUGGUGGAUGCCAGGGCUGUGGCGGAUGCCAGGGCUGCGGCUGCGGCGGAUGCCAGGGCUGCUGCGGAUGCCAGGGCUGUGGCGGAUGCCAGGGGCUGUGGCGGAUGCCAGGGCUGCGGUGCAUGCGGCCUUGCUAG